ACCACCGUUACUCUGGCAACGCUUCACUGUUCUGUUCCUACUGUUUAGCUAGCGUCAGCUUGAUAUUCAAGGUUCAUGCCGAAAGUAAGCUCAGACACACUGUGGGAGCUGGCUGCGGCGGAGGUCCAGAGUCGGGGCGGCGGAGAUGGGGAGGAGGACCGGGGAGAGACAGUCAGCAAGCGAAGCGUGUUUCUGAUGGGGAGCAAGGCUGGGGGUAAAACAUCUAUUCUGCUGAGAUGUCUUGACAGGGAUGAACCACCAAAGCCAACUCUUGCACUUGAAUACACUUUUGGCAGACGAGCCCGGGGACACAACACACCCAAAGAUAUAGCCCACCUGUGGGAGCUGGGAGGAGGGACUUCUCUGUCAGACCUGGUUCAGAUACCCAUUACUCCUCUCAGCAUCAGGUCUCUUUCUGUCAUACUCAUUCUGGACCUGUCUAAACCCAACGCUCUGUGGGGGACCAUGGAGAAGCUGCUGCAGGCUGCACGAGCUCAGUUGGAUAAAGUCUUCUCCCAGGCACAGCAAGCACAGAAGUCCAAACACAGUGCAAAACACCAGACGCCAGUCCCCCCUGCAGCGCGUGUCUUACCCAAAGACUACCCUGACAAAGAACUGAUCAGUCCGUUUCCUGUUCCUCUGCUCAUCAUUGGCAGCAAAUAUGACCUCUUUCAGGAAUUAGACUCUGACAAGAAGAAAGUGGUUAGUAAAACAUUGCGUUUUAUUGCCCACUACUACGCAGCCUCUCUCAUUUUUACUAGCAUCAAAUCUGAGAGCCUUGUGUCAAAAACCAAGAGCUUCUUCUCACAUCUGGCAUUUGGUUUAGACAAAGGGAAAACGGUGUCCUGUGAUCCCAACAAGCCUCUCAUCAUCCCAGCAGGCUCAGACUCUUUCAGCCAAAUAGGCUCUCCUCCUACUGUUGAUGUGGAUAUAACUUCUUUGCAUGCAAAAAACCCAAAGGACCUCUGGAAGAAAGUGUUUGAACGAGUCUUUCCCCAUGAGAGUACCAGUGACCAGAGAGAACUAAAGGAUCCAGCCAAAGACCCACAGUACAGUGAGCCUCAGAUUGAUGCCAUGAGAGUCCAAAAAGAUCAAGAGUUGGAUCAGUAUAAAAAGAAUGCCGCCAAGUCAUGGAAAGGGCUGGAGCUGGACACAUGACAGAUAACUUUAUUACAUGCAUACAACGCAUUAUAUUGUACAUACAG